AUGUCCGCCGAGCGGGCGUUCCUCGUGCGCUCCGCGAACCGCGCUGCCGCCGAUGCCGGGCUCAGGCCGCCGCCUUUUCCGCCGCUUGGGGCGCCGUUGCCGGGCAACAGGGUCGGCGGCACAGUCCGCACCAACCCCGCUGUGCUGCCCCACAACGAGCUCUCGUGA